AUGUUGAAAUACUUAUUAUUAUGGCCUAUCCUCGCCUAUUCCCUAAAUAUGCCAGAUCACGUCCUACCGCAAACAUGUCCCGAUGUUCCGAAGACCGUGGCCCCUAAACCGUACCAAAAGAGUCACGAUUUCAUCCGCGAUAGCCACCCGGGCUCGAAUCUGUGUCCAUACUGCGGAAGACGUUGGCCCACGAGUAUCUCCAUCCUCGAUGGUUCGCCAGUCCCGUUUCGAGAGGUUGAGACAGCUUCCACCUCUUCCGCUAUACAGUCUAUCGACCUAACAACCUCCGAACGUUCCACACCGUCACAAACGAUCUUCACCGGCUCCGGAGACGGCCCUAGCCGUAUCCUCGCAUCAACGCGGCCUUCCGACGUGUAUCGAGAUGCCAAACUUACCCAGAGUCGGAUCGCGAGGGGCAUGAGGGCGAGCUCGUCGCAACUCAGUGAGGCUGUGGCUAAACAGAGCCAAAACAAGAGCAGACGGAAGAUCUCGAUGCGUCUCACGGUCUUCCUUGCGAGACCUGGCCCAUGGGAAAUCCUAGACGACGACGAGCAGCCCUAGUGGUCAUUGGCUAGAGAGCUGCUGAAAGUCGCUUUGCGCCCCUUUGUCGACGAAGAACCAUCUGUACCUAUCCGCUUCUGGUUCGACAGCAUCUUCUUCCCUCAGUUCAAAGACAAGCCUGCCCUCUCCUCUGUUCUUCGAUUUGACAAGAGACUCGUUCAGAACGCCCAUAUUAAAGAGGGUAUCACGGAGCUGAGCGAUCUCGACUGGGAGAGACAGACAGUCGCACAGCUUUUCGGCGAGGACUGCCCUUUUCGUUUCAGUAAAACAGAGGGCAGGUAACGUACUCCACAAGCGAGUGGAACACACAAGCGAGUGAAACACUCAACCACGACCGCACAAAUAAAACCCCAGAUAUCUCAACCACGACGACUUGAAUUAACUAAAUCAAUCGGUGUUAUCAUCAUCUGAUAUAGCUACAAUGAUCUGACAGGUCCUUGAGUUAUGUCCUGCCUUGCCGCAUGUUCCACAGCGUCGAGGGGCCAAUUCUAUACCCUGCUUACGACCCCU